AUGGUGUCGAUGAGUAGAAAGAUGCCUCCGCCUUCAGGUACAAUGCAACAGGAACAAGAGCAGCAGCAAGACCAGCAAGACCUCCAGGAUGCACAGAUUUGUGAAUUGUGCGAGAUGGGACUGGAGCAAUUGAGCCAGACAAAUGAUGAGGCUUCUCUUGCAGUGGGGAAAUCUGUGCCUACUUCAAAAGAAGUGGUGGUUGAUGAACAACAAACUCAACCACAAGGGGCACAGGGACUGGAUCAAUUGAGCCAGACAAAUGAUGAGAAUUCUCUUCCAGUGGGGAAAUUCGUGCCUACUUCAAAAGAAGUGCUGAACAUGCAACAAAUAUCUCCACGACAGAAAAGAAGAGAUUCCAUAAAGAUUCCACCGGCCGAGAUUCAGGAAGACAGUUACCAGACAACCCAGGAGAAGAACACUCAGGAAGAUGUCACAGGAAGCGUUGAUUUGGAUAAAGAUGUGAAUGAGACUAUAGAAGCAGAAGAAUAUCCAGUACCAUCUGCACUCGACGAAACAAAGAAUCCCACUCCUUCCAUCGAUGAAAUCAUAAGAAGGGCCAGUGCACCAGCUUCAGAAUCAUUGAGAGAUACCAAAAAACUAGAGAUUAUUGCGGCUGUUGCAGAACAAGUUGAGAAAAACUCAAAGGUGGUUGAAGCAGUCCCUUUAAGCAUAAUUCCACCCGAUUGGAAUAUUGCUUCUACCACGGGUGGUCUACUCAUGCUGGAUAAAAAUGAGUGUACCAGGCCACCGCCUGCAAUCUCAAAGAAAGCUGAUGUACUUGAUGAAGGGUUAACAAAGACAGUGGAAAAGAUCCUCAAUGAAAAACCUAGGAGGAGAAAUCCACCAAGAGUCCACCGGUUGCCCGAACGGUUCAGGUCGCCGUUCAUGCUGCAGAAGAAAAACAAGAAAAAAUUCAUACAGUUGACAGAGGAGAAGAAGAAAAUGACCCAAGAAGAAGCCCUGAAUUUCUUGUUUGAAUUUGGAAAAAUUGUUUGGGCUGACAGGACAGCAUUCUAUUCCAUGAGGGAAGGGACAUGGAUAGAAAACAGCAUCAUAGAUGCUUGGGCUGUCAUCCUAAACAAAGAAGAAGCUAAAUGUGAUUCCCCAAGUCGGAUAUUCUUUGGUGUUUCCUCAUUUGAUACAAUCAGUCGAUACAACCAGUUGGGCAGUAACAAAGAAGAAUUAGAGUUUACAUUCUAUGAGAGGUUGGCUCUUGAACUAGAAGAACAAGGCCCUCAGUGUAGCAUCCCUGAUAGCGGCAAAAGCUAUCUGCUUCCCAGUACACUACCGAGAGCAUUACUUCUAGUAUGUGUUGCUGGUUCAAGAAAAGAAAGUGCUUACAUUCAACAAUCUUCAUGCAAAAGAUCUGGACUACUACAAGCCAACAAAAGAUCUACUUGUGAGUGA